GAAGAAGAUUUUGGGAUUCCUGUUAUGGUUCUGCAAUUUGACAGUAACCAAACCCUUGUGCAAAACAAGAGUGCUUAAGAGAUGUAAUCAAGGCUCUAGAAAUGGAUGGCACAUGUACAUAUAUCACUGAAGGGGAAGCAGAGCUUUGACACCUCCCAUAUACGGCAACAUAGAUAUAAGUGGGAUUUAGUACAAGGCCUUACAAAGUGCUGUGGCGGAUCCAGUUGGUUGACGGCGAUGCCACUUCACCAGCGUCCGUACUGCUCCGCCUGUGGCUUCAUCAUCUGCCUCAUCGCCUGGGCUCUCAUCUUUCCAUUCUACUGGUCACUAAAUGCUCUCUUUUCCUGCUUCUUCCGGACAACGAAGGAGGUGUCGACGGCCACUGAGGACUCCUUCUGCCACCGACCUCUCCUGACCCUCUGCAUUCUACUCCUGGUCAUCCUCUGCCUUGUCACACUCCCAUUGGCUGUUGUUGGCGUGUUGCUAUGGUUACCGUGUCAGAGUUGCCGCCAUUCAUACAUCUUCUCCCACGACCCUGGCAUCGACAUUCGUCAGCUGCACACAGAUGACAUGCUCCAAGAGCCGUUUGUCGUGGCAUCAGCCAAUGUCUGCCUUCUUCCUGAGGCCAUUGCAAGGUUACACAACUUGGCUGAUACCAACAAAAGGGCGAGUAAGAUAGGCAAUAUUUUGUCACAGACAAACAGCGAUUUGUUUCGAGAUGAAAGCGUGUUUGAGCUGAAAGAUUCAGGGAAUUCCUCUGAUCUGGAGAGGCCUACGAAUGGGGUGCUUUACCCUUGCUUUCAGAAUGUUCAAACCGGGAAACAGCAAGGGGAAGUGUUUCCUCUGCUGGUGAACAAAGCCGCAGGAACCCCCCAACAUACCCAGGCUACGGAGGGACUGGGGGCAGCUGCUGCAGACAUCCUGAAUGGGAUAUCUUCCCACGAUGAAGCUAUGAGGAUGAAAGAUGGAGCGAGACCUCACAAAGAAGAAGACCAUCUGACUGUGAGGUCACAUCCACGAGAACUUUAUCAGCCACAGAGGGCAGAUCACAGCCGCAAAUCCUCCUCCCAGUCUACGGAGGGGGUGCCGGCGGCGAGUCUGAUGUACAGAGAUAUAAACAUUAGCAUUCAGCCGUCACGUCACUCUGUGGCAGCUGACAGCCUUCAGGUGCACUCUCCUGAUGACAGUCACCCAGGCAAGGACCAUCGGGAGAGAAGCCACAGUCAGAGCCGGAGCAGAACCAGUUCUAACCGGCUGUCGGCUAGUGCCAGCGGGGAGUCUGGCAUUGGCUCUAGCUCAUCCAAUCAUAGACGCUGCUCAACCAACCGAAGUGCACGCAACAGUUCAAGUGCGUCUAGUUCAUUUUUCUCUCAUGAAGACAUUUUCUGUCAUUUCAUCUCUGAUACAUUCCCGCCAGAUUUAGACUUUUUGUGCCUUCAAGAGGUAUUUGACCAACGAGCUGGAACUAAUUUAAUUCAAAAGCUUCAUCACCAAUUCCCCUUCAUCAUCUAUGAUGUAGGUAACUAUGGCAUAAAGUGUCGUCAGCAAAAGAUUCACCUUUCAUUGGUAAAUAGUGGACUACUUUUUGCGAGCAGAUUCCCCAUUGAAGAUGCUGUGUUUCGUCAGUUUACAAAUUGUACGAAACAGGAUUACCUAAGUGCUAAAGGAUUACUUAUGGUCAAGGUGCGGCUGAGGCAGCGUCAGUCUAGAAGUGGGGGAAUUGUGGCAUUCAUCUCUAAUGUACACUUACAAGAGGGAAGAGAAUGUUCUGCUCUACAUAAAACACAACUAAACCAUAUUCAGGACUGGCUGGCAGAGUUCAGACAACAAAAUGGACCUCUGAAUGAGGCGAGCUCCACAGGUGACCGUGUGGCCUUUGACAUCCUCUGUGGAGAUUUCAACUUUGAUAACGAAUCAUCAGCUGAUGAAGAAUGCUGGAGCCACUCUCUAAUGAGCCAUUAUCAGGACCCUGGACGGAUAUGUCAGGGCAAGGACAAACCCUGGACUGUUGGAACAGAGUUAACACAGCAGAGAAUACAUGAUCCAGAGGUCAAUGCUCCAAAGGGUCUGAGGGAUGUUCUUACGGCGGGAACAAAACGUGGCGAGUAUGUUGAGAGUGUCAUCAUGAAUGAUGAGACUGGGGCACCUCCUUCAGAAAUGCCAACCAAUGGAAAAAGACGAACUGACUUGAUCCUCUAUAACCUUGAGACCACUCAGACGAACUUGAAUGUAGAAGAGUACCAUUUUGUCACUCAGCUAGCGUCUCUCACAGAUCAUUUAGCCUUGGCCAUGAAAUACCAUGUCUCCAGCCGAUGACAGACUGACAUAGGCACCAUCUAAGAGCAUGCUAUUGGCUAGGCAGCUGUAUGUAAACUCUUACACAUAGCUGUUUGGAACACAGAGAUUUUCUCACAGCCUGGCUAGUUGUACAACUGUUUGGAACACAGAGAUCUGUUUGGGCUUUUUUUUCCUUUUUUUAUGAGAUCCCUGAUAGAAAUUGAGAUCCUGGAGAGAAUUUUCAGUUUUAGAAAAAUACAACUAUUGUAUUCUGAGGUAGUUUUGAGGGUUUCUAAACCAGAUAUUUUCACACUUAUGAAUACCUGUCAAACUUUUCUACACAACUUUUUGAGAUGUACCUUUAAAACCCUGCCUGGCCUACCAGUCUAUUAUAGCCUUAAGCCAAAUAUCAUGACAUGAUUCUAUGUACUUGAAAUAAUGUUCUUGCUGAAGAUUUUUUCUUUUUUUUUUCGAAUACGGAUAUUGAAUUUUUAUUUAACAUGGUAUUGAAGAAUGGUGCCUGAUUAUAAUUAAUAUUUUGUACCUGAUUUGGAUAAUUCUGAUAUUUUCUACCCUACAUUUUGAAUAUAGGAUUGGUGUAAGUCUAUGUAACUCCCUUUGCUCAGCCAACUAAUAUCCAAACCCUGGCUAACUCUUAAAAACUUCAAAACUAGGAAUGUCUUGUUUUUUUUACACUUUGUGAACAUAUAAAUAGCUCUAUUUUGUUUUUCUAUUGAUAGCAAAGGAUACAUGUACUUGAGUAUAUGUAAAUAUUGCUAUUAUUUUAAUAUGGUUGCCAUGGUUAUUUGUUACUGUUUUCCAGAGAUGAAUUUAUAUAUAGUGUAUAGUGCGAGAAGAUAUUCUCUAUAGAAUAUCAUUGUUUGGGAAAGUUAACAUUUUUAAUAUUGUUUUGGAAAGAUAAGAUUUGACAUUGUUCAUGAUGAAUGUGUUUUUUUGUGAUAGUAUAUAGAAGCUUUUUACCCAGUUCUUAAUGUGAUUUGGAUUGUAAUAUAGAUGUUUAUGGUCUGUUUCUUACUAGUGAUAGUGUUUCUUGAUGAGUGUUAUGACAUGUGUAUAUAGAUAUUAAUCCAGAAAAAUGUACCCAGUGUGAUACAAUGUUAACACUGCAGAUCCUGGGUUUGUAUCUGCUAAAGUUGAUGACCGACCUUAAUGUGUACCUUGAAGCAAGAAUUCUAAAUUAAUGUCCUAAAAAAUCAAAAUGUUUGCUUACCUAAUUCUUCAAACUUUUCAUCCACCACUGCAAUCAAUAUUUUGAACAAUUCUCAGAGAACUGUGGGGUGUAGAGAAAAAAUUUCCGUCUUUUAAUGACUCAAACUAAUCAGUUUCGGUGUAAGUUUUAUGAAAAUUAUAUGCAUAAAUUCCACUGAAAAUAGUGUAUUAGUGGUUGAAAAGGUUGAUGAUAAACAGUCUGUUCUCCUGUAAAGGAUUAUGUUACACUAGUAGUUAAAUGUGGUAAGGAUUUUCAAAGAAUGUCUAAAUCUUACCAAAUAAACAAAGUUACAAUGUUUUUUUAGAGCAGUAAUAUAAGUUUAGAUGUAACAAUGUAGUUUACAUAAUGCAGGCUCGUAGAUAUUACAGAGAUUUGCACAAGACAACAGACAUGACAAAGACAAAAUGGCACGUCUUCCUUGAUUCUGAUUGAUUCAUCCACCGUAUAUGGCCACUUAGAAGUCAUUUGUGAAGCUUGACUAUUUUUUUUCUCAGAAAAACUUAUUUUUAUUGGCAUCAAAAGUAGCAUUUUAAGGCCUACAUUUACUUCUGCAAGUGCAUUUUUACAUAGUAAACUUUAGGUAAAAUAUAGUAAUUCAGGUUUGUAGAUAUGUCAGUGAUGUACACAAGACACUGGAUCAAGCAGUAAUAAAAUAGCUUAUACAGCUGCUAGCUAAAAUGUUCACAUAAUUCAGGAUUGUAGAUAUCACAGUGUUGUGCACAAGACAACCUAACGGAUCAAACGAUAAUAAAAUAGCUUCCGGGUAUAUAUAGCUGCAGCAGUGUUGUUCUCAUAAUGUACUUUCAUGCAUGUUUAAAUGUUGUGCAAGAGACAGAAAAAGACAAAAUGUGUUAUUCAUGUAAUGCAGUUUUGUAGAUAUUUAAAUGUUUCUGACAAAAACAACAUUAAGCAAUGAUGAAAUUGCUGUAUCAAUGUUAAAGCAAUUCAGGGUUGUAGAUAUCUCAUUGUCAAGAGAUCAAGUUCUGUGACAGGGUUGUUCACACAGUGUACCUGUAUGUUCAUAAGAUACCUCAAUGCUGUGCACAAGAAAAGUGAGCAACCAAUGGCAAGGUGGUGUAGGUUAUGACUCUGUGACAUUCACAUAGUGCACAUUUGUACGUAUUCCAGUGCUGUGCACAAGAAAAGUGAGCAACCAAUGGCAAGGUGGUAUGGUUAUGACUCUGUGACAUUCACAUAGUGCACAUUUGUAGGUAUUCCAGUGUUGUGCACAAGAAAAGUGAGCAACCAAUGGCAAGGUGGUAUGGUUAUGACUCUGUGACAGUCACAUAGUGCACAUUUGUAGGUAUUCCAGUGUUGCGCACAAGAAAAGUGAGCAACCAAUGGCAAGGUGGUGUAGGUUAUGACUCUGUGACAGUCACAUAGUGCACAUUUGUAGGUAUUCCAGUGUUGUGCACAAGAAAAGUGAGCAACCAAUGACAAGGUGGUGUAGGUUAUGACUCUGUGACAUUCACAUAGUGCACGUUUGUAGGUAUUCCAGUGCUGUGCACAAGAAAAGUGAGCAACCAAUGACAAGGUGGUGUAGGUUAUGACUCUGUGACAUUCACAUAGUGCACAUUUGUAGGUAUUCCAGUGUUGUGCACAAGAAAAGUGAGCAACCAAUGGCA